AUGCUGUUGUGGCGGCGCCUGGUGGCCCCGCGGGUCCUCCCCGCCUCCCGGCGGCUCUCGACGGCGCGACCGGCACCGGCACCGGGACAGGGAGCGGGACCCGCGCCGGGUGAGGCCGCGGGGGGAGCAGAGCCCGGGCAGGCUCGGGCGCUGCCGCGGUCCCUGACAGCGGCUCGUUCCUCCCUCCUCCCCUCAGGGCCAAGCGGCGAUGGCGGCGGCGCCCUCCGGCCGCUCUACAUGGACGUCCAGGCCACCACCCCGCUGGACCCCCGGGUGCUGGACAGCAUGCUGCCCUACCUGACCGCCUACUACGGCAACCCCCACUCCCGCACCCACGCCUACGGCUGGGAGAGCGAGGCCGCCAUGGAGAAGGCGAGAAGGCAAGUUGCGGAUUUAAUAGGAGCUGAUCCAAGGGAAAUUAUAUUUACCAGUGGUGCAACAGAGUCAAAUAACAUGGCACUUAAGGGUGUUGCAAGGUUCUAUAAAUCCAGGAAAAAGCACAUCAUUACUACACAGACAGAGCACAAGUGCGUGUUGGAUUCUUGCCGUUUCUUGGAGACAGAAGGUUUCCGGGUCACUUAUCUACCCGUUAAAAAAAAUGGACUCAUAGAUUUGAAGGAGCUGGAGGCUGCGUUCCAGCCCGAUACAAGUUUGGUUUCUGUGAUGACUGUGAAUAAUGAAAUAGGGGUAAAGCAGCCAAUUCAUGACAUCGGUGAGAUCUGCCGCGCACGUAAGGUUUUCUUCCACACAGAUGCUGCACAAGCAGUUGGUAAAAUUCCGAUGGAUGUCAAUGAUAUGAAAAUUGAUCUAAUGAGCAUCAGUAGCCAUAAAAUUUACGGGCCCAAAGGGGUCGGUGCCAUCUACGUUCGCCGCCGGCCGCGCGUGCGGCUGGAGCCCCUGCAGAGCGGGGGGGGCCAGGAGAGGGGCCUGCGCUCGGGGACGGUGCCCACUCCCUUAGUGGUGGGCCUGGGGGCAGCCUGUGAAGUGGCACAGCAAGAGAUGGAGUACGACCAUAAGCGAAUCUCCCAACUGGCAGAACGACUGGUUACAAAAAUAAUGAGUGAAGUUCCUGAUGUGGUUAUGAAUGGAGACAGAGAGCAUCGUUAUCCAGGAUGCGUCAAUUUAUCUUUUGCCUAUGUGGAAGGGGAGAGUCUUCUGAUGGCUCUGAAAGACGUGGCUCUGUCUUCAGGAAGUGCUUGCACGUCAGCUUCUCUGGAGCCUUCCUAUGUUUUGCGGGCAAUCGGAACAGACGAAGACUUGGCUCACUCAUCUAUACGAUUUGGCAUUGGUCGUUUCACUACAGAGGAAGAAGUAGAUUAUACAGUGCAGAAGUGCAUACAGCAUGUGAAGAGGCUGAGGGAAAUGAGCCCCCUCUGGGAAAUGGUGCAGGAUGGAAUUGACCUUAAAAGCAUUAAAUGGACUCAGCACUGAGAAAACAUCGCUAUCCGUGGGCUAGAUGCGAAUGUGGAUUAAAGUGCAUUUUUUGUACAUUCCUGGACAAAUUAUGCAGCACUUCUGGGUUUUGACGCUUGCAGUUUGACUGGAAAACUACCCUUUCUGAUCACAAAGAAGCCAAAAAUGAAACUAGUGUUUAUCCUGGAGAAAGGCAGGAUGAUGUAACACCCAUUGCAUUUAUAUUGACACACAGAAGUUUAUGCUAAAACGUAAUUUAUUUGGAAAUGUAUUUUCUGGUAAGAAAAUGAGAUCAGCGUGUUGCCUCUGGGCCAGUGGAAUCCUGGUGAGAGUUUGUUGCUUCUCAGUGUAGAACAUCCCGUGUCGCUGUUCCGUUUGCAGCACGAACUGGUUGCCAGGCUGUCUAUUCUUCUGUCUGAGACGAGCAUCCUGCAGCAGCAGCUGCUCUGUCUGUCCUUCUGUCUGAGACGAGCAUCCUGCAGCAGCAGCUGCUCUGUCUGUCCUUCUGUCUGAGACGAGCAUCCUGCAGCAGCAGCUGCUUUUGUGCUGUUCAAAUGGCUCGUACUACGAGAAGCACACAGGCAGGGAGACGUUUGGCGUUUCUAGAGGAAAGGGCUGCCGCAGUGUGGCUGUGUGCCUUCACAGUUAGCUUCUAUGUGCAGUUAAGAACAUUUUUCUUAACUGAGUAUUUUGGGCUCUUUUUCCCUGUUUUUCUGUUGUGUUUUUUUUCAAGCAUUUUUCUUUAAGUAAGGAAAGAAAACCUGAAUGGCUGUGGAGGGGAUAUGCAGAAUAUGUCCACUUCAGUUUCAGCACCGUUUUGGUUGAAACAUGACUGGUGUGGGCCGGGGGAGAGCAGAUAAAGUGCAAUGUCUUCAUGCAGUCUGAGGGUUUUGUUUGGGGUUUUUUCCUCUGUUUGUGGCAAGUCCUUUGCUCUUCCCUGAGGUUGCCUGUGGGCCGUUGACUUCGGUCACUUUGGGGAGUCUUGCCUGGCUGUUUCGUCUGGGGAGAAGAACCUGCAGCUUCUGACUUGCAUGGGAAUCCCUGCCCUGCAAAUGCUGGGGGAAAGUGUUAAAAAGAGUUUGAAAUUAAUUCAUAUCAAUAUUUCUCCUUCUUUACUUUUUUUGAUCUUUCUAAGAGGAAACAGAACCCCAUCUGACAAAGUGCCUUUGUUUCAGUUGCAUAAGCAGACAGCUCUGAACUUAGUUUUGCUGAUUGAUGGCUGCUGUAAUAGCUGCUGGAUUUAACGUAUGCUGUAGACAGGACAUGUGCAGUUCUGGAUGGUGUCUGUCUCGGGGAUGAGCCAUGGGAGAGCUGAAGCUGAGUCUCAUAUUACCGAGGCUUGGUUUGUUGUUACCAAGGACAGAUUUGGUUGGAAUGCAAAGCUGAUCCUCACCUGUCCUGUUUGAAAUUACUGUCUUGAGCGCUUUCAGUGUUGUGGGGCUGGCACCUUGCAUUUCAUCACAUCAUUUUUAAAACGCCCAUAUGCAUAAAUAGGUUUUAGAGGUGUUGUAUGUGCUGUGUUUUAUCCUUGGGUCAUACAUGUUUUCUAGAUUAAGCAUGCGAUAACACUUCCCAGCAUGUUUUACAACUAUACGUUUAUGGAAUUGUUCUUUGUGUUUCAUGGAUGAUGAAAAAAUAUUAAAUAAGUCUUAAACUCGA